AUGUCCCUGGGAGUCACGCUACCAUGGAGAGCCCGAUCCCACUGCAUUGGCGUCUCUGGGAUCUCUCUGAUUCCCAGGGGCCCUCGAAGAUGGUCUCGGGCGUCUCCGGCUCAACUAUCGCUCUCUCGCUUUUGGAUACACUCAUCUUCCGAAGCCGCCAAGUGCAGUCCCCGAAAUGCCAUCGCACCACGACACAAAGCAAAUGCAGAGAGUCCAGCUGAGCCAGCGAGUCACGGCAAUCCCACAGUGGGGACAGGCGAGCAACCGGUGGUCGACGCUGGCAACCUCUCACCAGAAAGACGGACCAACCAGGUGAGAGGAGUCGAGGAUGUCGAUCGGGCUUUUGAGACACGAGAAAACGAACCACAGCCCUCGCCAGCUACAGCAGCAUCUACCUCCGCGGGCGAGAUGCGAAAGCCCCUAGUGGUCCGAAAAACCCGGCCUCUCAAUUCCUUUAACAAGGACUAUGGGAAGUUUGUCGUACGAACGAGCAAGCCCGAUAGAAGGGCCUCUCAGAAGAACAAGGAGAUGCCCAAAGAGACCGCCGUUACCCCCGAACAACGCGAUCCUGUGCUGGUUGCGCCAGCCAUACAAUACAAUGCCCCGCGCGAGACGCAGACGAGUUAUCAGCGAUCUUCGCAGGGCUCAUUCAGACAGCUGCGGCUCCAGGCUAUCCGAUAUAUCAAGCAGGAGCCCCUCACCAACUGGCGCGCAACUUUGGAAAUUAUGCGGCUGCGGACCCGGCCGCUCAAGAGCCCCUGGCAGACUCGUGCACGCAAGAUUUCAGUUGAUCCAGAACUUGGGAACAAGUUGUUAUACGAGGUUGACCACACCAUUUGGGAUAUACAAGAGCAGACGCGAUGCCAUAUCGAGCUUCUUUGGCCCGAAGACGCUAACGGCAGAGAGUCCAAUGAUGGGAUUCACUUGCUACUUUCGGGAGACGAGGAUGCUCUGGAGCAUGCAAGCGAAGAGAUCCUUCGGCUUGCCUCUCAAGGUGGCAGCAAUAUAAGCAUCGACGGAGUCAUCGACAGCACACUCUCGACUACCAAAACCGAAGAGUCGUCGUCGUGUACGAUAGAGAGGCUGUGGGAAAGUUCCGUGGAAAGCCAGCGUCCGGGCUAUGUGGGCCAUUAUACAUAUUACAGGCCGUAUCACAAGAUUUCGAAGCCGCUAAAGUGGACUCCUCAGACGUUCCUUGCCUAUAUCACUGCCAUCACGAACGUAAGACUCCCUGAGCGUUUCGUGUCAAGGUAUUACCGUUCAGGUACUGCGGCAAACGAGGCAGCAAUUUCCCUCCUCCAUGCUGCUUUUGAGGACAAAGCUACAAGCAAGGCACACUCGGUCCGCGCAUUCAAAAAGGCGCUGCAAUUCAUGGAGCUGCACGGUCAUUCUCAUCGCGACGACGCCCGCGAGUUUUUAAGGAAACGAACGGAAUCUGCCCUGCCAAUUGAUACUGGCACAUUCAACAUCGUUUUGAGCGGAAGCGUCAAGGUCAAAGACUUGUACAACUUUGACUCUGUCCUGAAGCUGAUGAUUCAUUAUGGUUGCCUACCGAAUGCACAAACUUGGUCAUUGUUCCUUGAACUCACGGAGUCCGAGCAAGUCCGCCGCCAUGCGAUCCACAUCAUGCAUAGACUUGGCCUGUUCACCGACCCCGUCGCCAUCCGACUCAUCGCGAAGACUCUCGUCGUACACGAGAUCCACCGCGUCCAGGAUAGCUGGCCCGGUAUUCGCGAGUUCAUCCGGAGCCAGAACGCCAAGUACGGCACAUCUUGGGUCUCGAGAGGUGCCAUGAACAAGAUGAUGAAUGAGCUCGGGCGCCUGGGUCACUUCGCCUGCUGUCAAGACUUACUCGAUAUCAUGGCCCAGUUGCCUUCGACAACCCCCACCUCUCUGACGAUCAACACAAUUCUGCAUCAUGCGCGAUCUCAACGCAACUUCACCAUCGCCCUAUUAGUUCUGCGCAGGGCGAAUGAGCUCAAGAUCGCGCUCAAUGAGCAAUCGUACCACGAGCUGUUCAGCUUAGCCUUCAGGCUCCGCAAACCAAACGCACUGGGUCUUAUCUGGCGCUACGCCUGUAUGGAAGGCAAGACCAGCUGGUAUAUGCGUCGUCGCGUUUCCGAUUUGAUGGAAGAGCGCCCAGAAGGGCAAACAACGACAGGCGGCAAGCGGACCGCGGAUGAUUUCCCGGCACUGCCUACUUUCCAUGAGGAGAAUAUGGCGCCGCGGCCCCUCAAGCACCUUGGCCCCUGGGUGGCUCGCCGUUUGUACUCUCGAUACAUAACGCAUCGUGCCGAGAAGCCCCUUCACGAGCUCCUGGAGUUGUCGCGCGAAAUUGACAACCGGAUCCACCAGGUAGUCAAGCAAGCCAAGCAGCAGAGUGACCGAGCGAUUAGGACUACUGUUCCAGGCAUGCGGAUAUACCUCCGCCAGAGGAUAUGGAUGCCUGACUUGAAGAUUUGGGGACCUAACCUUGAGUCCUUCAGACGUCCCUGCAUCGAAAUGACGGUUACGCAUCUGGCUCCAGAGUGUAGCCUACCGGCUGCAGACGACGGCGAGAAUGCGUCCCCUGACCGGAACCUCGAUGCCACGAAAGGGCCAGAUCUAGAAACCAUUCAUGGGCACUCCAAAUAA